CGUUGUGUACGCUAGAUGUAAUAGAUGAUUAUUUUGGACAAUCCCUAACUGGAGACGAGAAAACACAGUUGUGCCCGUCACUUCCUUAAACGAAAUCGAAAGUUAAAGGAGUAUAUAUUAAACGAUCAAUGUUAUUGUAUUCACAAACAGAGCUACUACCUAUGCGGGCAACAACCAUAUUCCUCAUCAAAAUACUAACAGCCUAAAAAAGCAACAACAUAAAGCAAUGGGGGACGAUUUUGUUGAAGCAUUUUCAAAUAUGAAUUUGCAACAGAAUCGCAGACGCAGACGCGGUCGCCGGCGAGAAAGACCCAAUAAGCUCUUUAUUCUAAGAGGUCUUCCCGGAUCAGGAAAAUCCCAUUUAGCAAGGGAAAUAAAAAAUCAGUUUGGCUCUGCAGAAAUAUUAAGUACAGAUGACUAUUUCCGAAAUGAAGAUGGAGAUUAUAUAUUCCAAGGAUAUUUACUGAAACAAGCACAUGAAUGGAACAGAGACAGAGCAAGAAGUGCAAUGGAAGAAGGACUGUCUCCGGUUAUCAUUGACAAUACCAACAUCCACGCGUGGGAAAUGAAACCAUACGUAUCCAUGGCUCUUGAAUAUGACUAUCAAGUUAUUUUCAGAGAACCAGAAACAAGCUGGAAAUGGAAUGUUCAUAAAUUGCACAGAAAAACAAAAAAUGGGGUCCCUUAUAAGACAAUCGAAAGAAUGCUGGAUGAUUUUGAAGAGGUGUCAAAUAUACACGACGUGAUAAAUUCAUGAAUGCCUCGGAGAUAUUACCCAGGAGAAGACUACUGUGGAAUCGCAGAAGUGGAUAUCGACCAAUCAAUAUUUAGGAACUGGGUGAGCUACAAGCUACAAAACUUAGACCAUGCAGAAAUGGCAGCUUUUAUAAUCAAUGAUAAUAGAAAUUUUCAGGUAUGUGGGUUUUUUUCCUAAAAUGUUUAUUUUUUAUGAAAAGUUUUUAAAAAGGUUUUUUAAGAACUUGAAACUCCAGCUCCAAAUAAUUCCAACUGAACACAACAAAUUAAUUCAAUAAACUUGCAAGAAAACUCAGAUAUUGUUUAAAGGACUUUAAAAAAGGAACUCUUAAACUGGAUCGCUAUAGAAGAAAGUUAACAAUGAAUUGUAACAUCUUACUAAUUAGAAUUCACUGAAUUUAUAUUCUAAUAUUUACUGACUGGUAUUUACUCAGACAGCUGUCCUGCUUGCCUAUUCAUAUUGUUUGCUUGCUGAUUUAAGAGCAUUACUGUUUCUAUAUAAAUAUAUUAUUGCACAAUUGAUGAAUGCAUUAUUUUCCAUUCAAUCAAUAUUUACACUGAAGCUGAGAUAUUAUCUGAAUAUUAUUGAUUGCUGAAAGUAGUGUACUGAUUUAUGCUAUUUUGACACUAAUCUGCUUUUCUACUUUUGUACCCUGUAUAUUUUCAAAUAUUCUGAUAAAAUUCUUAAAA